AUGGCAGCCCCUCGCCUCUCCUACACAAAAAACACCCACACAACCACCUACCCCAGCAUCACCCCCACCAAACCCAACCUCUCCACCACAGACAAAGUCGUCCUGAUCACAGGAGGCUCCGGAGGUAUCGGCCGCGCCACAGCCUCGUCAUUCGCAGCCUCCAACCCAAGAGCACUCAUCCUCCUGGGUCGACGUGCCGAUGCUCUAGCUGAGACGGAAGCGCUCGUGCGCUCGAAGAAUCCCAAGGCUGUGGUCCGCACCUACCAGGCCGAGCUCUGCGAUGCCCCAAGCGUACGCAGCAUCAUGAACACCGUCGCCGGCGAGUACGGCAGUAUCGACGUCGUCGUCCACUGCGCCGGCGUCCUGGCCCCUGUGACGCCCCUUCUCGAAGCCGACCCCUCAACCUUCCUAGAAGGCUACAAAACCACCAUCCUCGGGACUCUCGUAACCGCCCAAUCGGCCGUCCUCGCCAACAAUACCAAACCCCUAACAUUCAUAAACCUCACCACAGCGGGUAUCCUCUUCCCACCCUUCCCAGGCAUGGGCGCCUACGUGAGCAGCAAAACCGCCGCGCUCAAGCUCCUGCAGUGUUUCGCGGCGGAGAAUGCGAACUUGAGGGUGCAUCAUGUGCAUCCGGGGUUUUUGGAGACGGAGAUGUCGAGGCAGUUGGGGGAGAAGAUCAAGUUGCCUUUUGGGUUUGAUGAUAUUUCUCUUCCUGCCGACUUCCUCGUGUGGAUCGCCUCGCCCGAGGCAGAGUUCCUGCGGGAUAAGAUCGUCUUCGCGGCGUGGGAUGUCGACGAACUGAAAGAUCGUAAGGAAGAGAUCCUCGGCGGAGCGCCAGGGACCGGCGAGCUGUGGUUGAGAUUCCAAGGAUUUCCUCGAUAUAUCAACGACCAGCUGCUUCCACUUGCCGGACAGUGA